AUGUGUUUUGAGCUCAGUGCAGCGUUUGAGCUCGCAAAAAAGAAUGCUGGUUGUGUUUUUCCAAAGCAAGGCGACGUUAGCAAUGAAAAGAUGAAGUGUUCAAAGUAUUUUCAGGCUUUUCAUGAGAAAUCCAAAGGAAAUGUUGCUGAUCAACAGAACUCAGCUUGCGAGAAGUUCACGAUUCAAGGGGGUCCACAUAUUGAGGAAAGCCCAGCUGGCAUAGACAAUGAGAAGCUUAGCAUUGGGGCUUCAAAAUUGAUGGCACAAUCAAAAAUAACAUCAUUGUACGGUAACAAGUUCUUGAAGGCAAAUAGUGUGUCAGACAAGAAUAUGUUCAAAUCAGAGGGGAACAUGUCUAAAGAGUUUGCUUGUGUUGAGAAUGAGAUCAGAACAAAUAAAAAUGAUAACACACGUCCUGCUUAUCUGGGGGUUGAAGAGGAUAAGAAACAUUGUGGGCCAUUGCAGACUUCAAAACGAAAGCAUACAGGGUUCAGAAGUCCUAUAUGUGAACAUGCGGAUUCUCUAUUAAACCAAGAUGAAGCUGAUGCUCCUGCCAAUGGGUUUGUGACUGCUAGGAUAAAGUUGGCGAUGGACACUGUGCAAAAGCAUGGGCAUAAUGGCCACCAAGGUGCUUCUGUAUCUCCGCAAUGUGAUAACAACCUUAGUACACAGAAUUAUGGUGUGAGGCCAAGCUGGAAUUCUCGUCGUGGACCACGUGGUAAUUUUGUCCCCCCUAUCCGAAACAAUGGUGGAUCUGCUUGCAACGCAAUCAACUCACGAGGAGUUGCUGGAAAAAAUGAUGAUUCCAUGGAAGAUUCAAUAAAAAAAUGCUUAGAAAUGCUUUGUGGCCCUGAUGGUGAGCUUCCUGAGAAGUUGAGGAAUUUGGAACCUCGCCUUAUUGAGCAUGUUAGUAACGAAAUAAUGGAUAAAGACCCUAAUGUUCGCUGGGAUGACAUAGCUGGUUUGGAUCAUGCAAAGAAGUGUGUGACAGAGAUGGUUAUUUGGCCCCUACUGCGUCCAGACAUCUUUCGUGGUUGUCGGUCACCUGGAAGAGGACUACUACUAUUUGGACCUCCUGGAACAGGCAAAACCAUGAUUGGAAAAGCAAUUGCUGGUGAGGCUAAGGCAACAUUUUUCUACAUAUCUGCAAGUUCACUCACGAGCAAAUGGAUUGGCGAGGGCGAAAAGCUAGUCCGGGCACUAUUUGGUGUAGCCUGUUGUCGUCAGCCUGCUGUCAUAUUUGUGGAUGAGAUUGAUUCACUACUAUCUCAGCGCAAAUCAGAUGGUGAACAUGAAUCAAGUAGGAGGUUAAAAACACAGUUUCUAAUUGAGAUGGAAGGUUUUGACAGUGGAAACGAGCAAAUUUUACUUAUAGGAGCAACAAACAGACCUCAAGAAUUAGAUGAAGCAGCACGCAGGCGACUGACAAAGCGUCUAUACAUCCCCCUUCCUUCAUCAGAAGCACGUACUUGGAUAAUUCGCAAUCUAUUGGAAAAGGAUGGCCUUUUCAAGCUCUCAGAGAAAGAAACAGGUGUCAUCUGCAAGUUAACAGAAGGUUACUCGGGAUCUGAUAUGAAAAAUCUUGUGAAAGAUGCCUCAAUGGGGCCACUGAGAGAAGCUCUCCAACAGGGUGUUGAAAUCACAAAGCUCAACAAGGAGGAAGUGCGUCCGGUGAUGCUCAAGGACUUUGAGGCUGCUCUGCAGGAGGUCAGACCUUCUGUUUCCACAAGCGAAUUGGGGAUUUAUGAAGAAUGGAACAUGCAGUUUGGCAGCCUAUCAAUCUAA